AGAAAGCAUAUAUAAGGCAAAGUGUAAUUUCUCCUAAUAAACAGUCUUUGUUGGUUUUCGUGUGGUUUACCGGUGGAUUUUUUCUCUGCGGUUUCGCGAUGUUUUAUGUUAAUAAGGUACUACUGUUUGUAACGUUCGCACUCCUCGCAGAAUCGAGAAUAAUCUAUCAACACACGACCCAAGAAAACGAUCAUGGCGUUGCUCAGGAUCAGUACGACCACCAGCACUACGGUGGAGAAGGAUCCAAGGAUACUCAAAGACAAUUACACGUGCAGGCGCUUGAGGAUGAUCAUCACCUAGCUGUGGAGGAACAUUCGGGUCAUCAACAUUAUCAUCACCAUAUUGUACCAAAGGAGGAGCAUAUUGUUGAUUACUAUUCACCUCCGAAGUACACCUUUAAAUACGGCGUAUCGGAUCACCACACAGGAGACAUCAAGAGCGCCCAUGAGGAAAGGGAUGGAGACGUAGUCAAAGGACAGUACUCACUGGUAGAGCCAGAUGGUUCUAUCCGCACUGUGAAGUACACAGCUGACAAACACAGCGGGUUCAACGCCAUCGUUCACAAGACAGAGCCGUCUAAGCACAUUCAAUUAGAGCAUCAUGAACAACCGGAGUACCAUCACCAUCAUCUUGUUAAACCAGAGUACCAACAUCAGGAUCUUUACCAGCACCAGGAUGCAGGGGAAGAACAACACGCCUAUGCACAAGCAUAUGAGCACAGCUAA